UCUGCAGCCGCGAUGAUGGGCGCCGAGAGGACGCAUCCCCGGGAGAGGGGCCCUCGGGCAGCAGGCAAAAGUAAAGAAGCCGAAAUAAAGAGGAUAAACAAGGAACUGGCAAAUAUUAGGUCAAAAUUUAAAGGUGACAAGGCUCUUGAUGGCUACAGUAAAAAGAAGUACGUGUGCAAGUUGCUCUUCAUCUUCCUCCUGGGUCACGACAUCGACUUUGGGCACAUGGAGGCUGUGAACCUGCUGAGCUCCAACCGAUACACAGAGAAGCAGAUUGGCUACCUCUUCAUCUCCGUGUUGGUGAACUCCAACAGUGAGCUCAUCCGCCUGAUCAACAAUGCCAUCAAGAAUGACCUGGCCAGCCGCAACCCCACCUUCAUGGGCCUUGCCCUGCACUGCAUCGCCAAUGUGGGCAGCCGGGAGAUGGCAGAGGCCUUCGCAGGGGAGGUCCCUAAGAUCCUCGUCGCAGGAGACACCAUGGACAGUGUGAAGCAGAGUGCGGCCCUGUGCCUGCUGCGCUUGUACAGGGCGUCCCCCGACCUUGUCCCGAUGGGUGACUGGACGUCGCGUGUGGUGCAUCUGCUCAAUGACCAGCACUUGGGCGUGGUCACCGCUGCCACCAGCCUGAUCACCACGCUGGCCCAGAAGAACCCCGAGGAGUUCAAGACCUCCAUCUCCCUCGCUGUCUCCAGGCUGAGCAGAAUCGUGACUUCUGCGUCCACGGACCUUCAGGAUUAUACCUACUACUUUGUCCCAGCUCCCUGGCUUUCAGUUAAACUUCUGAGGCUGCUGCAGUGCUACCCGCCCCCAGAAGACCCCGCAGUGCGAGGCCGCCUGACCGAGUGCCUGGAGACCAUCUUGAACAAGGCGCAGGAGCCACCCAAGUCCAAGAAGGUACAGCACUCCAAUGCCAAGAAUGCUGUCCUCUUCGAGGCCAUCAGCCUGAUCAUCCACCAUGACAGUGAGCCAAACCUGUUGGUGCGUGCCUGCAACCAGCUGGGCCAGUUCCUGCAGCACCGGGAGACCAACCUGCGCUACCUGGCACUGGAGAGCAUGUGCACGCUGGCCAGCUCCGAGUUUUCACACGAGGCUGUCAAGACCCACAUUGACACCGUCAUCAAUGCCCUCAAGACGGAGCGGGAUGUAAGUGUGCGGCAGCGAGCCGUGGACCUGCUGUAUGCCAUGUGCGACCGUAGCAAUGCCCAGCAGAUUGUGGCUGAGAUGCUGAGCUACCUCGAGACGGCUGACUACUCCAUUCGCGAGGAGAUCGUGCUAAAAGUGGCCAUCCUGGCUGAGAAGUACGCAGUGGACUACACCUGGUAUGUGGACACCAUCCUGAACCUGAUCCGCAUCGCAGGGGACUAUGUCAGUGAGGAGGUGUGGUAUCGUGUCAUUCAGAUCGUCAUCAAUCGUGACGACGUGCAGGGUUAUGCUGCCAAGACGGUGUUUGAGGCUCUGCAGGCCCCUGCGUGCCAUGAGAACCUGGUCAAAGUGGGCGGCUACAUCCUGGGAGAAUUUGGAAACCUGAUAGCUGGGGACCCGCGGUCUAGCCCUCUGAUCCAGUUUAACCUGCUGCAUUCCAAGUUCCACCUGUGCAGCGUCCCCACGCGGGCCCUGCUGCUGUCCACCUACAUCAAGUUUGUGAACUUGUUCCCUGAGGUGAAGACCACCAUCCAGGACGUGCUGCGCAGCGACAGCCAGCUCAAGAAUGCGGAUGUGGAGCUGCAGCAGCGGGCCGUGGAGUACCUGAGACUCAGCACCGUGGCCAGCACCGACAUCUUGGCAACUGUGCUGGAGGAGAUGCCACCCUUCCCAGAGCGUGAGUCCUCCAUCUUGGCCAAGCUCAAGAAGAAGAAGGGGCCAAGCACAGUGACCGACCUGGAGGAGGCCAAGCGUGAGCGAAGCAUUGAUGUGAAUGGGGGCCCCGAGCCCGCCCCGGCCAGUGCCAGUGCUGUGUCCACGCCUUCUCCAUCUGCUGACCUGCUGGGUUUGGGGGCGGCACCCCCAGUCCCCACGGGGCCCCCACCCUCGGCCGGCGGACUGCUGGUGGACGUCUUCUCUGACUCCGCAUCGGCUGUGGCACCUCUCGCUCCUGGCUCUGAAGACAACUUUGCCAGGUUUGUUUGUAAAAAUAACGGUGUGUUGUUUGAAAACCAGCUGCUUCAAAUUGGACUUAAGUCUGAGUUUCGGCAGAAUCUAGGCCGAAUGUUCAUAUUUUAUGGUAACAAGACCUCCACGCAGUUCCUAAACUUCACUCCAACGCUAAUCUGUGCAGAUGACCUUCAGGCAAAUCUGAACCUGCAGACCAAGCCCGUGGACCCAACUGUGGACGGAGGUGCACAGGUGCAGCAGGUGGUCAACAUCGAGUGUGUGUCCGACUUCAUGGAGGCACCAGUCCUCAACAUCCAGUUCAGGUAUGGUGGCACCUUCCAGAAUGUGUCGGUCAAGCUGCCCAUCACACUGAACAAGUUCUUCCAGCCCACGGAGAUGGCAUCUCAGGACUUCUUCCAGCGCUGGAAGCAGCUGAGCAGUCCUCAGCAGGAAGUGCAGAACAUCUUCAAAGCAAAGCACCCGAUGGAUACAGAGAUCACCAAGGCAAAGAUCAUCGGAUUUGGGUCAGCACUCCUUGAAGAAGUCGAUCCUAACCCUGCAAACUUUGUGGGCGCUGGCAUCAUCCACACCAAAACCACCCAGAUUGGAUGCUUGUUGCGUUUGGAGCCAAAUCUGCAAGCUCAGAUGUACCGGCUCACACUGCGCACAAGCAAGGACACCGUUUCCCAGAGGCUGUGUGACUUACUGUCAGAGCAGUUUUAACCCUGUGCAGGCAGUUGCGUUGUGUGUGUUGUUUCCCUUUGUCUCUGCCACUGUCUUGGUGACCACACUGCACAUAGCACUGUUGUGUGAGCAUCUCAGCACCGGAGCCUGCACCUGCGCCUCCAGCCUGGGCCCGGGGUGUGGAUGGGACACAAAGGGGCCAUUGACAGGGACCACAGCAGGCCUGCCUCUCCAAGUGGGGACCUGGAUCCGAGAAAUUGAGGCAGCCUGUGGUUCAGUCUACAAAUUAAAGGGAAAUUAGAAGUUUGAA